AUGAAGAAGAUUACGGUCUACAUCGAGAAUGGGGAAACUACGGUAAAAUUAUUGAAUCCGUUAGUCCUAACCCACGCGUCCAAACUCUACGUGAAAACAGCCGCCCUGUUCUGGAAUUAUCAAAAUAUCCGGAAAGGGUACAACGACUAUUUUUCCAUCGACGGGAAAAAAGUCAGGUUGGACGAGGGAUAUUGGACGUUCAAAGGUUUACGAAAAAAAUUAGAAAGUCAUGGAUUAACGGUCGAAAAAUUUCCCGACGGUCGCAUCAAGAUCGGAUUCACGAUCACUACACUACCUUUUCCACGACGCAUAAAAGUGAUCGUCCCGUGGAUAUUCACGAAGGAUUACGUUACGUUUCGGUCGGAUGUAAUUUAACGAACCGAUCCCAAAAUAUAGAUUUUAGUGGAUGUCCCAGUAAUAUCAUCACGUCGCUUCCCAUCGAUGGAACAAAACCUUUGUUUGGCACGACGACGAAGUACAACGACAUCGAAAGCGAAGUUUAUACCGAUGCGGGGAUUUACAACGAACUUCAUUUCGACGUGAAAUCUAACGUUCACGGUAUCGUACCGGGAAAUGUUUUAAUGGAACUUUACGUCAUAUAA